AUGUCCAUGGCAGAAGGCCAGCCCAUGCGACCCACCCGUGCUCCGUCCUUCUCCAGCAAGGAAAAGCCAGCCAUCGCUGCCAAGCCCAAGCCCAAGGCUACUACCGCGCUUCCUCCGCCGCCCGAUUCUUCUACUUCCCCUGCAGCACAGCACGAAGAUUUGCAACCAGCCCCGGUCAACCCUUCGUCAAAGUCCAUGCCUGCUAGUGAAGAUCUGUCGCAAUCAGAGUCUAUGGCAACGCCUGACAACACGAAGAAACCUACGUCCGACAACACGAACCAGUCAACACCCUCGAAACAGAGAUCACCACCACCCCCACGCCCGGCGCCUGCAAAACAACAAAGUACAGAGGUUGCACUGCAGUCAGCGUGCGAUGGUGAUUCAACGUCUGUCACAGCUCGCCCCAAGGCGCAAUCGACCUCUGGAAAGAAGCCCCCGCCGCCCCGGCCAGCAGCAGCGGCUCCAGAACCUACCCAGGCCUCCGCGAUACACCAGCAUCCGCCCCCUCCGGCCAAGCCGGCGCCGCACGCACCCAGCCCGGCACAAACGUCCACAAAUGCCAACCCAGCAGCAGCGGACGCACCGGAGCCAACAGAACCCUCACACGGUCAUGCGCCACCACCAGCCAAAGCUGCGCCAAAACUGAAGGAUGCACCGUCUGAUGAACAUCCUGCGCCUACGGAUGCAACACGAUCGACCGAUGAGACACCGCCUGCCGAUGCAAGUACCACACCUCCAAGUUCUGGGCACGCCCCAGCCCCCGCCCGGCCGCCACAUCCACAGCGCUCUGGCAGCAUCAAACCACUGCGCCCUCCCCCGGCACGACCGGCCCAUCCUGCGCCCACCCCAAAGUCGAUCCACGCUCAGCCGCAAUCCAAGGAUAAGGCGAGUGUCCGAACAAGUAGUGUCAAAACCAAGGCUAAAGCUCCGCUCCGACCCAGUCCAGCCGCAGCACCACCCAAGCCCGCAGCACCAGCUCGGCCAGCUGCGCCGGCACAGCCUCCUGAACUCCCCCCACGACCUGGGCCAGGCCAUGUUCUGUACUCCUACAUGGUGACCGGUCCCCGGGUGAUUGAGGAUCUCCCUGGCAACAGGAUAUACGAGGGCUGGCCAGAGGGCUGGCAGGCUGAAGCUACUCUUGUUCGUGACCCCAAAGCUGAACUGGAAGCCGAGGAGGUUAUGGCUCAGGCUUUUGAGGAUGCAUAUGGCGCGGACGUGGCCUUGAACAAUACUGAGCCCGACGAAGAGGGUGAGAUAAACUCAAGUGCCAACGCUCAGGCUGAGCUCCUGCGGAAAGGACUGCCCGAGGACGGUGCUGACCUGCCUGUUGAUGAGUCUGGUCCCACCCCUGACGUCGUCCAGAUUGCGAGUAAAGGAGACACGGGCUCAUCGUCUCUGGGUUCAACCGAGGUCGAGCCGUUUCUGCACCCACACAGCAUUGAAGCAGGCCCGCCCGUGGUGGUGGCCUUGUACGACUUUGUAGCCGAGGGUCCCGAUGAUUUGGCUUUUUUUGCUGGCCAAGAGCUAACCGUGUUGGAGGACAUUGAUCACGAAUGGUAUCGUGGGUCCCUGGGCCCCUUUCAGGGCAUCUUUCCGAAAGCCUUUGUGCAACCCCUCGAUUCGUCAACACCCAGUGAAGGGUUGUCUCAGACAAGCGUCAUGCCAGAACCCAGUGCAUCGUUGGAGGUGGUGAAACCCGAGAUUGCAAAUGCCGCGCCCGAGGAAAGCACGGCUUCACCAGCAGGUGCUGCAGAAGCAGACGCCACGCCUGGGCUCGAGACAGAUGCCAGUGCCGAUCACGGAGAUGCUGGUGCAGGUGGCAGCUACCCCUGCGAGGCGAAGGUCCUUUAUGAUUACGAUUCGCCAGAGCUGGAAGACCUUUCGGUUGAGGCAGGCGAAACCAUUACUGUUCUAGAGCGCAUCAACGCAGAGUGGCUGCUGGCGGCUAAACGCAGUGGCCUACAAGGGCAGUUGCCAGCAGCCUUUGUUGAAAUGGAAUCUCAAAUGCGAUCAGAUGCAGACCAGGAUGGCGUGUCCACCUCUGGACCCGAGGGCGCUGGGGUUGGGUUACGCCUGGUGGUGCUCUAUGACUUUUCAGCAGAGAACGAGGACGAUCUUGGUGCAAUGGCCGGCGACGAGGUGGACGUGAUUGAGGUUGUCAACGAAGACUGGCUGCGAGCUCGACACCAUGCUGAAGGUCGCGAAGGCCUGAUCCCCAGGGCCAACGUAGAGUCUUUUGCAUAA